GACGACUACUUGGAUGACAGCUUUGUUUAUGUUGCACACACACAUACUCGAAUAAAUCUUGACGGGGCAGCAGCCAGAAGUCAAGAGUGAAUGAGUUUUUCGUCCCUUUUGCCUUGAUUUGUGUGGAUGGUGGUCCUCCUUCUUUUCCGCCUCGUCGUCCUUUUUUUGGGUGGAAAAAGGAAACGCGAAUUAGUGUGUUUUCGGUGUGUUAUCGUGCAAAGUUGUUCGUCCACCAAGGAAGGGAAAAUUUAUCGACGACGACCUGCGAUGAUGGCGUGCAGCAGUGGGUCCUUCUUCCUCCAGGACAAUCGUGGCCAACGCUGGUGGUGCUGUCGCCGUCGCUGCUGAAGGAAAAACACAUUUGCAUAUGACCUGAUUCGACGUCGUCGUCGGAGCAGCAGCAGCAGCAACUUAGUAGUAGGUUCACAAAGGUGUGUAGAAUAGUUUGGCCACAGUGAGUCAGCAGCAGCAGCAGUGCCGAACGAGAGAUGAUCCCUUGGAUGCGGGAAAAGAUUGCCGAGCGGAAGGCGCGCUGGCAGCAGAACCGGAAGCAGCGCGAUUCUGCCGCAUCCGGUGGGUCGGCCUCGACCGUGACAGAUGGUGGCGGUGGCGAACCGUCGUCUUCCCACAGUGGCAGCACCUCGUCCGUUGCAACGGCGGCCUCCUCGUCGGCACCGUCACCCAGCUCGAGCAGCUUCCGGGGAAACUCGCCGCGAAACUUCCGCUUUUCGACGAAACAUCAACGACACCACAACCAUCACCACCAUCAUCAUCAUUCGCAGCAGCAGCAGGCCACGACAUCCGGGUAUCGAUCACGACCCACGAGCAGUGCCAGUGCCGGAAGCGCGUGCCGGUCCGGCGGCAGCGGUCACAUUUGCGGACUGGUGGCUUCGACGUCUUCCAGCGCCAAGAAUUCAACGACGACGGUGGUGCCGCUGCGUAUCAUCAGCCCUCGGGGUGGCAUCGUCGGCGUUGAGGUACCGCCGGAUUGCAGCGGGGCCCAGCUGAAGACGUACGCGCUGGACCAGUUUGCCAGCUGUUCGUUUUCGUUGCCGCACUUUUCGUCCGAUGUGGACGAGCUGAUAAGCCGGUACAAGCUGAUACGGGCCCGCAAUCGGACGGUCGUCCAGGACGGGGACACGCUGGAGAAGUUGGCGGUGCGGGUUGAUGAGGAGUUUCUUCUGGUGGUUAAGCGCACCGAUUUUAUUCCGCCGGAUGAAAAUUUGAAGGGACCGAGCACGUCCGAGGUGCUGGCCGCAACCAAGCACGUUCCUCUGUCCCGGGUCAACCAAGCCACGGCCAACUUUAACGUGGGAAUGCUCCAGACUGAUCUGCAGCAGGAUCUCCGGCGCAUACUGAUUUCGCUGGCCCGGGCAUCCGCGUUCGUGAUAGGUUCCGGACGAUGUGCGGAGAAGCUGAUCGUGCUGUUCAACCAGCGGCUCAUAAAUCGGCGGAAACACCAGGUGCGAUCGAUUGAAACGCUGCUCGAGAUGGGAUUCUCGCUGGACAAGAUACAUCAGGCGUUGGAAAUUACCAAAAAUAUCUUCCCCGCGGCCCUGGACUGGCUGAUACAGCACGAUAGCUCGGUGAAGCUGCUCAACUGUGAUACGAAAGGAAGUGGUGCUGCUCCUCAAAUUUGCACCGGAAUUGCAGCAACGGACGCCAGCGGCAUCAACGACGACGUGCCCUCAACGAGUACCGUGCCGCUGCCUCCGCUGGCCGUCGCGGAAACGGACAUCGAAGAACCUCCAAGUACCUCACAACCCGCGAGUCCGAGUCCGCACGAAGACGAGUCGACAUCGCCAACCCCCGCAGUUCAGCAGGAGGAAGAAGACGAAGCGGACAAGUUUCAGCGAAAGCUGGACAACGUCGAAACGCUGCUGGACAUCAUCCGGCAGUACUCGGACCGGGACGUGUUUCCGGCGCCGGACAUGGUGGCCACGAUCGUCGAGAUGGGUUUCGAGGAGAAGAGCGUGCGGGAAGCGCUCGUUGCCACGCGGAACAAUCAGUCGGCAGCGUGCGAAUGGCUGCUCGGCAAUCGGAGCAAAAGUUUGACCGAACUCGCGGACGGGCUGCCGCAGGACUCCCCAAUUCUUCAGGUUCUACUCGCCUCAUCCCAAGUACAAAUUAGCUUAGGCAAUCCAAAGAUGUUUAUCGCACUUCUCUCGAUGCUGGACAACUCGUCCACGAUGACGAUGUGGCUUAGCGAUACCGACACGGCAGCGGUUCUCGGCCACAUUCUGCGGACGUACCACGAGGAGAAACACAUUGUGGCAAUCAAUCAGUUCAACAACGCACAAAGCUUUAACCGAAACUAAAACACUCUAAACACUACAAAAAAAAAGAUAGUAGGAAUUACGGAUCAAUUAUAUUGAAGGAAAAACCCCAGAGUUAGGAAGAGAUGAGUAGACUUUUAUAGUGUGACGUUGUGUGGUAAUCGCACGGCACCAGAAGAGGAGCUAAAUCAAAACGGUGUUGAUUCAAAACUUUCUGUAUAGUUAUUGUAGAA